CCACGAAGAAGACUGAGGGAGUUCUUCCGGUUCUGUAAUGAAGAUGGCGACAGUUGGGUGCAGAAAGUAAAUAAUAAUAAACAAUUAUUUCAUUGUGUCGGAAACCGCCCUUUUUUUUUUAAUUUAGGCUCUGUGAAGAAAUGUCGACCCGAACGGCAUAUUUCUACGACCCAGACGUGGGGAAUUUUCACUAUGGUGCUGGACACCCAAUGAAGCCUCACCGACUGUCUCUCACACACAGCCUUGUCCUGCAUUAUGGACUCUACAAGAAGAUGAUGGUUUUCAAACCAUACAAGGCGUCCCAGCAUGACAUGUGCCGGUUCCACUCGGAAGAUUACAUCGACUUCCUGCAGAAGGUCAGUCCCAACAACAUGCAGGGCUUCACCAAGAGUCUCAACGCCUUCAACGUAGGAGAUGACUGUCCUGUCUUUCCAGGUCUGUUUGAGUUUUGUUCGAGAUACACAGGAGCCUCCUUGCAAGGAGCAACUCAGUUAAACCACAAGAUAUGUGACAUUGCCAUAAACUGGGCUGGAGGUUUACAUCAUGCUAAGAAGUUUGAGGCGUCUGGAUUUUGCUACGUGAAUGACAUCGUCAUCAGUAUUCUUGAACUCUUGAAGUAUCAUCCACGUGUGCUCUACAUUGACAUUGAUAUUCAUCAUGGUGAUGGUGUACAGGAAGCAUUUUAUCUCACAGACAGGGUCAUGACUGUAUCCUUCCACAAAUACGGGAACUACUUUUUCCCAGGAACUGGUGAUAUGUAUGAGGUGGGAGCUGAGAGCGGUCGCUACUACUGCCUCAAUGUCCCACUGAGAGACGGCAUUGAUGACCAGAGCUAUAGACAGCUGUUUCAGCCAGUCAUCAAGCAGGUGGUGGACUUCUAUCAGCCGACCUGUAUCGUUCUCCAGUGUGGAGCAGAUUCUCUGGGAUGUGAUCGAUUAGGAUGCUUCAAUCUCAGCAUACGAGGUCAUGGAGAAUGUGUGGAGUUCGUGAAGGGCUUCAAAAUCCCGCUGCUUGUGCUGGGUGGAGGCGGCUACACGGUGCGAAACGUUGCUAGAUGCUGGACAUUUGAAACAUCCUUGCUAGUUGACGAGUCCAUAAGUGAUGAACUACCAUAUAGUGAAUACUUUGAAUAUUUUGCUCCAGACUUCACACUUCACCCAGAUGUCAGCACAAGGAUAGAAAACCAAAACUCUAGACAAUAUUUGGAGCAGAUUCGUCAAACUGUGUUUGAGAACUUGAAGAUGUUGAAUCAUGCACCAAGCGUUCAGAUCCAUGACGUUCCCUCGGAUAUACUGACUUAUGAGCGGCCGGAUGAGGCAGAUCCCGAUGAGAGAGGAUCCGAAGAGAACUUCUCUAGGCCUGAAGCUGCGAACGAAUUUUAUGAUGGCGACCAUGAUAAUGAUAAAGAAAGUGAUGUGGAGAUCUGAUGAAGAACGGACCCGACUUGGGUCUGUAGCUAUGAAGAUGUCCAUUCCUUGCCAUAUCUAUAGUACUUAACUCCAUUGCGAUGAGUGUGUGAAAGCCAAUUUGAAUGUUUUUCUUCAUGCGCACUGUAACCGUAGUAUGCCCUGUGUAGAACGUUUUAUUGUCACAACAGUAUUUCCUUUUUAUCAAAGUUUAGCUAUAAAAGGGAACUUCACACUGAGUCCUGUGUACGACAGAUACUGUAUUUGUAUUGAAAAGGAUCAGAAAUCAUGUGAUGAAUGAGUGUAUAUCCAAGUGGUUAUGAGUAACUGAAUAUUUUCGCCUUGGCUUUUUCAUAUUUUGUUUAUAGAAAGUUUCUGUAAUAAAUUUGUUGGAAAAGA